UCACAAUCACACACUUUCACAUGCUAUCAUGGCGCCGGCCUACCAUGCAGGCCCGGCGCCUGCCGGCAACAGCAAGCCCUCGAGCAAGCGUACCUCCACCGCGUCCUUAAUGAGCGCGCUGUCGCGCGGCUCGCGUGGCUCAGAGCUCGCAGACUCCGCUAAUGAAUGGGGCGUCGGCACCACCCUCAACGAUGAGCCCAGCACCCUCUCCAGUCCACCCAGCCUUUCUAAAUCGCUACCUGGGCAGUCGGGCGACAGGUCGCGCUCGGCCACGGUCAGCUCAGUCGAUAUCCCCCGAGUCAUGUCGCCCGUUUCCAUGUCCAAGGGGAGCGUGAGCCGGCAUCAGUCGACCAAGAGCCGCGUGGACGUGAUGCCCAGCAUGCAAGAGGGCGUUGUAUCGGACCUACCUGACACAAGGACGAGGCCGAGGGGGCUCACCGAGUCAGCAGUGGGCUACACGCCCGCCGUCGUGCCCCGUAAGCCCUCCCUCCCCGUCCCCACCUCAGUCUUCGAUCCAGCCUUCGCCCCUGCCCCUUCCCUCUCCGCCCCGGCUCGUCCAACCACUCGCCCAACCUUUCCACCAGGCAAUGCGUCCAGCCCGCCAGACUUCCGCCCCAUCCUGGCAAGCGGCCCCUCUCCGGGGUCGAGCACGGCGUCAUCCUCCCGAUCCAAGCCUCAGCUACGCCUCUCCACACAAGAGCUGCCUCCGCCUACCAAAGAGGACAAGCCGCCCCUCAGCCCGGGUAUGAAGCACUGGAAGCAGGUCCGACAGCAUGUCUUGACGGCCCCGUCGCCUAUUGAGCCUCCCAAGUCCAAGCGCGGCAUUGUGUCCCGAACGGCGGGGCGAUUCGGCUUCCGCUCGGUUGUCGAGAACGUCCUCGGAUACGACCGGAGACGCGGGAGCACAUACGGCGCCUUCCCAGUAGACAUGACAGAAGAGGAGAGGGAGGAGGCAAGUAGAGAGCGGCGGAGAUUCGCUCGCGCAGUCAAGACAUGUCUCGACGAUUGUGCGGCUGAGGAAAGCGCGCGCCGCUUGCGCCGUCUGGCCGCUGCGGGUGGCCACACUGUUCCAGCUCCUCAGACAUCGAAACCCAAGAGCACUCAUCACAGCGCGCACGGCGGACGCUCGGGCAGCGUGCAUUCCACAAACUUGCUCGAGGAUGACGGCGUCAGUGCUUUCUACCCUCUGCUCUCUGCUCUGGUCAAGUUUGGCGUCGACGCCAAGGCCAAGCGCGUGUGGUCGCGCACGUGUCCUCACCAUGCUGCAAUCCUUGCCGAACUCGAAACCGCAUUCCUUCCCGACUCAGCGAGCCGCGUUGGUGAGCGCGCCCAAGCGUUGCAGGUCUAUUUCACCAUUGUGUCGCACUGGAGCACGGACAGCGAGGACGACGAGCUCGACCGCUGGCUAUGGCUGUGCCGCGCAAUGCUCCUCGACGACCGUCCGUCGCGCGAGCGCGGAUUGCACCUCCUUGCCCUCAUGCUGCGCGGCGACUCGUCCAUUCCAGAGGCCCUCGUGCGUCCGGCGAGUGCGCUCGACUUCGAAAGCGUGGUGAUUGCACUACUGAAGUUGCUCUAUGCGCUAGAGAACUCGAGCUACGCCAGCGACGACCACCAAGCAAUCGUAUGGGACCUGCUCGCAUUCAUGGGGGAGGGCGACAUCGUCGCCGUUGAGCCCGAGUCGGUGCUUCCCUUCAUAGAUGACGACCAUCUUACCAUCCGCAAUGCCGAACAUGAGCUGCUCUGGUUGGCGGCCGCUAAAGCUAUUGCAGCUGAUAGACAUGUCGGCAUAUGGCUGCUCGACUGCAACGCCUCAGUGCUGCGGCGCUUUACACCGCCUCCCGUGUUGCCAGGUAUGCCCGAGUUCGCGCGCAAGCUCCGCAUGCUGGCGAGCAAGACCUUCAUGUCCUCUUUUGUGGCGCUUGUGCGCGACGUCGACGACGAGGACGUCUUAAUGGCCGGCGCAGAACUGGCAAAGGAAAUCUUCGACGAGGCUUUGGCUCUCCCCGAGCGCGCUGGUAUCGAGGCUGCGUAUGCGCUGGUCUUACUGGCGCUAGACUGUGCCUCUGAUGUCCAGGAGUCGCGGUAUGCGGAGGAGCUUAGAUCGCUCCUCACCGAGUACAAGGACAUCGCACCCUCCGUCGCAGUGGCUUUUGUCUCAUCCUUCCCGGCGGCGCAGGUGAUGAAGGCCACCCGCGCAUUCCUCCAGACAGAUAUGCCACUGGGAAGAGCUUGCAUCCAACCUCUUCUCGAGCGCCUCUCGACCCUCCCACCGAGUUCAGAGGCGCGCGCUUUUCUAGCAUGGCUGGCGACAGCCCAUCCAAAGCUUUUCUACAAGCCUCUCUUCACCUGCGCCGCAGCUGCGCAUGCUGAGUCCUUAGCCAAGCCGCUCCGGAUCGCUGUGGCUCUGGCCGAGCAGCUUGGAUCCGAGGCGUUUUGGAUAUGUGCCGAUCCUCAGAUGAUCGCCAUCGUGCUCGGCGACAUGUCUGGCGGCAAAGGCAACGGCAAAGCUGGUUCGUCUUUUGCCAACGUCAAGCUGGGUCGGUAUGCGCUACUCGUCGAGCUCAUCAUCGCUCUCAAGGGUGUGAAAGGCCCGCAGCUCGCCGUAUUCGCGCAGGGACUCGAGACCCGUCUCGGCGCGAUGCUCGAGCACGAAGAGCGUAGUGGGACUUUGCCACCGGUUUAUCGCAGCCUCGUUGCGCAGAUGAUUGGCACUCUCCGUGUCGGCUCGGGCCUCAUCAAACGCACGUCAGCCACCCGCCUUGCCGUGCAAUGGUACACCUCCCGGACGUGGCGCGCCACCGCGCACGCCCCAGAGACGAGCCAGAUCGACUCGCUUGUCCGCUUGUACAAGCCAGACCCGGAGGCCGCGGCUCAGAACGCCCCCCGCGUGGCAUGCCUCAAUCUUCCACUCACCGAUGCGCUCCCUACCCUCCUCGUCACUGUGCAGGCGAGCCUAGGGUCUGAGGAAUGGGGUGCCCUCCUCCCAAUCGUCUGGGAAAGGUACGCCCGGCGCGGCCAGCCCGUCGAUCAGCUCACGUUCCUCUUGAUGAAGUGUGCUGAGGCUGCCCGGGGAGGCCUGCGCAACCUCGUCCAGACCGAACUGUACAACGCUGGGCCCAGUGUGCGCUCCUACGCCCUCCUCAAGCUGGCAAUGCUCUACGGGUACCGCUUUCAGGUGUACACGCAGGAAACAAUCACUGACAAGCGCGGCCUCAACUUCCGCUUCCCUCAUCGACAACUCGAAUUUGUCGUUGCAGAUAUGGGAUCCCAGGCGUGGGUCACGCCGCGUGAUGCGCAGGACGCCGCGCUGCAGAAGUACGGGCGUGCUCUGCCGCUCGAGCUGCGCCAACGCCUCAUGGAGCUCGGAUGGACUGAAGACGAGGAAAUGACGGCCAACGACAUUGAGCGCAUGCCCGUCACGGCAGUGCCGCCAACCGGCAAGGGUAGCGUGGCGGCCGAGCUGAAGCACACCACUGUUCCGAUCGUGAAGCGCAAGGGCUCGAACUCAUCCCUCCACUCCAACAGUGCCAAGGUGCACCGUGCCGUCGUCCCUCCAGACUUGGUGACGAUCGUCAUCGAUCAGGCACGUCAGCUCGCCACAGCUGAUGAUAUCGGCGUUGAGCUGCUCUCCAAGGAGCUUGUGCGGAUGUUCGAGCGCGACGACGCGACUCUCUUCAUGCGGCCCGUGUCCGAGGAGCUCCCGCAUGAUAUCGGAAACGCCCUGCUGCGCGUUAACGGCGUCAUCGCCCAGCCGACACCCGGCUUCGCGCACGCGGCACUCAAUGCGCUUACCGGCUUUCUAAAGACUGCGGUGCGCAAGGAUCCCAAGUUUCCACACUGGGCUCCGCUGCUGGGCACGAUCGCGCGCCUCAUUCCCUCCGUGUGCGAGAUCUCGUUGCGUGACAUCCGAAAGACCAAGUCCGAGCACGUGCUCCUCCCCGCGUCGAUUUAUGAGACAGAGGGCGGCUUCAAGCUCCACAGGCCCUGGCAGGAGGACGUGCUUCUUGACGUGCAGGCAGCACAGCUCAUCUUACUGUCUGCGAUGCUGCGCGCCAACCCGCGCGACGUAUACCUCGUCAAGAAGAUGCUCUUCAACCUUCAGGUGCAGGAGAGCAUGCGAUACCUUCCUUUUGCGCGUGCGUGGGUCGAGCUCAUCGUCGAUCUGUUCACGACGGUCAACAGCAACUACAACGACCGCGCAGAGCUGCGCCACUUCCUGUACAAUAUCACCGCCGUUCUGACCCUGCACAGUUCAGACAUGAUCGUCGUUGCGCACGGGAUGCGUGCGCUCGCGCUCUGCGCCACCCGGUUCAGGCGAGUGUUCGCCAGCAUCGGCUUCGUGAGCAUUAUGCCGCCCGUGUACGCUGUGUAUGUGCACGGGCAUGGGGGCAUCAGGGAUGCGGUCGAGUAUGCUUGCCGCUCUUUCUACCGGAUUCACCAGGACGUGUUUGUGUACCAGCUCUGCCUCGCGUUAUCCGAGCAUACGCAUGAGGACACGUUCGACGCCCGCGCAGCGUACAAUCUCCUGGCCGUCCUCUCUGCGGAUGACCCGGCGUCUGGUGUGCCAAGUGGCAUCCGCGACCUGAACUGGAAGUAUGAGGUCGAGGCACUGCUCCAAAUGCAGGUAGGCGGUGCAGAGGUGUCUCUCUCGGAGCUCCGCACCGAUAUGGCUCAGGAGGCGCGCCUCGCCCACCUCAGCCUCCAGCCCGCCCUCUUCCCGACGGACAACAUCGUACGCCUGUUGGUGACAGUGAUCGCGGUGAAUGCCGCCAGCAAGCGAGGGAUUCGUCUGAUGGGCCUUUUCGCCAAGCUCGCGCUGCAUCUUCAACGAUCUGCCGAUGCAAAAGGCCGCGGGCUCCUCGCUGAGGCUAUCGAUGUCCUCGGUCGUUUCAUCCAACGCAUGCGCGCGAGCGACGACACCUUCCUCCAGCGCCUUGUGCCCGGCGACGAUGCCGGCGGGACCGACUGGCAUAGCGCACGCGGUGCAUACGUGGACCUAGUGGACGCAUUUACAGCCUCGGGCGGAGCGAUAAGUGUCAACGCCACCCGUCGCUUCCUCGACAUUGUGCUGCAGGUCCUCAUCGAUGGCAGGAAUGCCAGCAUAUCUCGGAUACUUGGCGCGCUGGCGCGCGCACAUCUGUCGGGCGAGUCGUCCUUCCUGGCCGACCUCGUCCCUGCCUAUCGCCAGCGUAUCGCGAGUGUGGAUUUUAGCGGCGUGCUGGAGGCCAUUUCUGCCCUCAUUAAGCAAAGCAGCUUCCGCCUCCCCAUUUCCACGGCUCGACUCGUAGUGGACGACUACAUCGGCCCCGCGCUUCGCAUGCUGGCACUGGCGUCAGAUGAAUCGAUGGCCUUCGUCGUGCCCCUCCGACGGGCGACCGUUGAGCUUUUGAGCCUCGCCGUCUUCCUGCCAGGCGUGGACGCGCUUCACGCCCUCGAGCGUGUGCCUGUGUCAGCAGGGUUGCUAGCCGGCGUUGUCCUUCCGCUUGUCCUCCAACUUGAGCCGCCGCCGGAUAGAGAGUAUGCUGGCCUGUGGGUCCGUAUCCUCCGCCUCUCUUUGCGGCCGCCGCGUGGUCCUCCGCUAGCCCAAGCCGCCCAGGCGGCCCUGGCACUUCAGAUAGUCAAGAUCGCAGCGGUGCGUGUGCCGGACGCCAUCUCGGGCGAACGCGGCCUCUGGACAUACCUUGCGACAUACGCCCGGUCUGCCGUGGACGGUGGUUCCGGCCACUUCUUCACCCGUACGACGCCGCGACUCAUCGAUUGGAUGAUGUGGUCCCUCUUCGAGUUGCUCUCGCUCUAUCGCUCCCCGUUAGCCUUGGCGCUGCGGCUGCGGAUCCAGACAGCCUUGGCCGCCGUCUCAGACGAACGGGACGCCAACUCCUCCCGCCCCUCCACGGCCGGAACGAGCGGUAGCGCCCACGCACCAACGCCUCGAUCUCUGUCAGGCCUGGUCCGCCGCCCGUCAGCGCGCAUACCGAGCUCGUCUUCGAAUCUGAGCCCGCUCGCAGCCCGCGUCACCAGUAACACGCUUGCCGCGGUCCCGGAGAAUGCGAGCACGCUCUCACCUGGCUCGCCGCUCCUCGGGUCGCCCAACCCAUCUCUAGGCGUCUCAGCCCCCUCCACACCGACCCACCACCGCUCCCUCUCCGCAGCCUCCGCAGCCUCCGCGGCCUCAGCCACCUCGGCUACCUCAGCCAUGUCGGGCGGCAGCACGUACUCGGACAUAUCCCUCUCCUCACCCAACCCGUCCCGCGCCCCGAACCUCUCCACAGCAGGCUCGCGCCGGUCCCUCGCCCCCGUCAAGCCCUUCACGACGAUCUCGGCGCGCCGCGCCUCCCGGCCGACGUUCGAUGCAUUUGAGCGCCGUUUCUCUGCCGCCCCGCGCCCCGCCGACCGAGGCACCAUCGUGCAUCUUCUCGGCCCGGCAUCCGUGGCUGCUGCGACGGCGACAGGCUCAGGUCCCGCAGCGCUGGCUCUCGCGGCGGGCGAUCCGCGCCGCGAGGCGCUCCGCUCACGCUUGCGAAGUGACGUGUUAGCCGACGCCACGCGCCGCGGUCUGCUCGCCACCCUAGUCGUUUACGGGUACGAGGUCGAGGAGGAGGUCGAGGUCCACGCGUGGAACGCGCCGGACGCACUAUACGCGAUCACGGAUCAGACGCGCGCGCUUGUCGAAGACGAGCUGAGCGACGUUUUCAAUCCCCCCAACCGCAACCGGAUGAGUCGGGCUGACCUCGACGCCGCAACCGAGAGGGCCGAGGAGGACGACGGGACAGCGUCCAAGCGCUCGAGCUAUGUACACCCAUGGGAGGAGAACCAGGACCUCCCGGCACUCAGCUACACCCUCAACCACGGUUUCGAGGAAGGAGGGUACUCGCUCACGACUGAGUCGCCCCGAAACUCCCUCGAGCCUGGACAUCGGCGCACGCCGUCGCGUGAGAUACCCACUGUGGCGAUAUCACUGGCCUGAUCGCCUGAUACCCUGCAUGCCCAUACCGCACAGAUGACUUGUACAUGACAUGAUAUGUAUAUGGUGGACUAGG